AAGUUUACCCAAUCCCACCACUAGUAUCCAUCUGCAACAGUUUCUCCUGACCAAAAAAAAAAAGUCUCAAAUUAAAUCUCUUAGAUUUUACACAAUCCCUAUUCCCUAAUGAGCUGAUUCAUCCACACGACAAUAAGAACAAGAACUCAAUAAUUCCAGAGAAAUAAUGUUCACCUCAGCCUCAGCCACACACCUACUCUUUCUUUCAAUCCUUCUCUUCAUCAUCUCAUCUGCUUUAGCAGCCGAUGAUGCUUGCCGGCCGGUCGCCUGCAAAGACGUGGGGCCGGAAAUCCGGUUCCCCUUCCGGCUAAAAGGCCGGCAGCCGGCCCGGUGCGGCUACCGGGGGUUCGACCUUACCUGCAACGCCAGAGGGGAGACGAUUCUCACACUCCCUAAUUCGGGCGAGUUUGCAGUGUCGGAUAUUGUUUACAUGUCGCAAAUCGUUUAUCUGUACGACCCGGAUUUCUGCCCGGCCAAGAAAUUGCUGAAUUUCAGCCUCGCCGGCUCGGCGUUCCGUGGGGCGCGCGGGGCGUCGCAGCGCUACACGAUCUUGCAGUGUUCCAGAGAUUGGAGCGAGUACACGAGUUAUCGGGCGAUCCCUCUGUUCUGUGGGGAGAACAUGGGUUCAUCGAACAAUACGGUGUUGGCGAUGACUCCGAGGACGUAUGCCCAUGAAAAGCCGCCGGCGUGUCGGCCGGUGAAGAAGAACGUGACAAUACCUUUGAGUUGGGAUGUUUUUUAUCAGUUCUGGGAACCUUUCAAGCAACUGGAGUUAACGUGGGAUAAGCCGGACUGCCGGAAUUGUGAAGCUGAAGAUCAGCUCUGCGGCUUCGGGGGUGAUUCCGGCGGUGAUAUUGUCUGUUCCAAAUUCCCUUCCAAAGGGAUUCCUCGUGGCGUCAAGUAUGGAAUCACCAUCGGCAUAGGAAUACCGGGGCUAGUCUGCACGAUUGGGCUAGCUUGCUUUGCAUGCGGCAAAAUUAGGGAUUUCAGGCUGAACCGCCGUCUAAGCUCAAUGAAUCUCUCCACCACCGGCGGCAUCACCGUACAACCACCGCUAGCUAUCGCCGGUUUAGACCGCCAAACAAUCGAAUCCUAUCCGGUAACGGUUCUGGGCGAGAGCCGGCGGCUUCCGAAACCAAACGACGGACUUUGCCCGAUCUGCCUGUCGGAGUACGAGGCGAAAGAGACUUUGAGGAGCAUACCGGAGUGCAACCAUUACUUCCACGCCGAUUGCAUUGAUGAGUGGCUGAAGCUCAACGCCACUUGCCCCCUGUGCCGGAACUCGCCGGAAAGCCCGUGGACGAAUACCCCCUGCUCCUCGAUGUCCUUGUCGUCCACUUCGUUGGCAUCCUCUAGCGGUACUUAGAGAGAUAUAUGUGUGUGUGUGCACAAUUUUAGUGGCCGGAAAAAGUUUGUUCUGAUUAAUUAAUUAAGCAUUUUGUAUUUUUGUAUAGAGCCCAUACAGGAGAUUUACGUUAUUCAUUGUGUGUACUACUGUAGUAUGUAUAGGCUUAAUGAAUUAUUACUGAUAACAAUCACACCACACAGUUUUUCAAAUACACAGUUCCCACAGUGUAUCUAUUCCAAUAAUAUAUUUUCUAUUUUUGUGUAA